AUGCGAUUUGGUGCAAACACUGUGGCAGAAGCUGACAAUGCUCGACUUGAGUACUUCGUUCAGAAGGUAUUCCCAAAAAUUAAAGACUCGGAUGAGGGGGGAAUUAUGCUAUUUAUUAGCUCGUACUAUGAAUAUGUUCGACUUCGUAACUUCUUGAAGUCACAGAAUGCAUCCUUUUGUCUGCUUGGAGACUACACAGAACCAAGGGACGUCACUCGCAUUCGGAAUUGGUUUCGUAAAGGAGAAAAGAAAAUCAUGCUUUACACAGAGAGAUUUCAUUUCUACCGUAGAUAUAAGAUUGGUGGUGUUCGAAACUUGAUCAUCUAUUCUCUUCCCCAGAGGAAGGAGUUCUUCCCUGAGGUGAGUGUUUCCUGUAAAAUUGGUUACUUUUUCAGUCAUUGGUCUGCAAAUUCAUUGAAGCUUAACUUUGAGGUUGUCAACAUGCUUGAAGGGGCUGAUGACAUGACAUGCACUGUGCUCUUUUCUCAAUUUGAUCAACUCCAGCUGGAGAGAAUUGUUGGGACUACUUCUGCAAGAAGGAUGAUCACGUCAGAAAAGGGUGUGUUUGUGUUCUGUUGA